UAAAACAAUGAAGUGAAGAUUGGGAAUGCAUGGAUGGGUGGAGAUGCUUUAACAUGCUCCCCAAGAUUUAACACGUGUCAACUUCCAUUGCCCUUUCACUCCCUUUCUCUUUUCAAACCAUUUUCCUUUCAUUAAAAAAGGUUUCUUUUUUUAAUAGUUUUUUUUGCUAAUCUCUCUCUCUCUCUUCUCCAACAAUUCCUCUCUGGCGCUUCCAAGUCUCGCGACCCACUCACCCACCCAGCAGGACAGUGAGAAUAAUUGAAUACGAACAACAAACAAAAUAUUCUACCUGGUUUGCAAAAUUAGGUAAAAUUUGUUUCUUUCAAGUUUCAACUUUCAAGCCGUUUCUCUUUCACUAGAGUUGAUGCAUAUGAGAAUAUGGUAGUGCUUGGAAAGGCUGUAGGGUACUCAUUUUUUGUGAAAUCCGAAUGGAAGUUCGGAUCCAUUGUUGUUGGCAAGAUCUGACUUUCACUUUCACAACCUUUUAACCAGCCCAUGCUUUGGAUAGUUGAAUUUGCUUCCUCUUUUAGUUUUAUCUUAGACAUGGAAAAUCGUCUUUUAAAAUCUACGGGUCACAUUCUGGGAGCGUUUUCAAUUAGAAAAUCAAGUGAGAAAUCAAUGAUAAUAUGAUUAGAUUCCAUCUCGUAAUCAUAUGCAACACAACACUAGUAUAAUUGAGGGACUCAUUCAAUAGGGAGGGAAGGUAAAUUUUAGAAUUACCUAGACGAGGAUUUUGAUGGAGUAGAUGUCGGUUGCAGUGCCAUUAAGAUCAGGUAAUUCAGUGUGUGAUAUUCCAACCAUAGCUACCCACAUGGAUGUUUCCAGACUUAAGCUGAUGACAGAUACAGGGUUGUUAUCAAAUGCAAUAACUACGAUAUCCGCUGAUACUUUUAUAGGUUCUGAUGAGGAUCAUAUUAGUGACAAUCUAGAUCAUAUUAGUGACAAUCUAGACGAUGAAGUUUGUAUUACAACAGUUGAGCCACCUUUGCAUGGGAGAGAAGGGGAAAUUCUGUUGUUGAAUAUGAUAUCCCAAAAUAUAAGCACUUCAGUUGUUAGCGACGAACUAUUAGCCCCCGAAAAUGACGAGGAUGAUUCGUUAUCAUUGGAUGGAGAUCCGAUUAUUUACAGUACUUCUCUAUCGGUAGCCAGUGAGAGUAGUAGUGUUUGCAGAGAUGAGUUUAUUAGUUCUGAGGAUAAUUCAGAUUUUGGGACAAGGAGUUCCAUGGUCAUAGAUAAGAGCAUCUCUGCUGUCAAAAUUGUUGCCCCUGGUUUGGACGAGUCAAAUGUGGAGGCAGAUGUUUUGAGUGAACCCCUUGUGGCUGUAACAGUCAGCCUUGGAGACAAAACAGACAUUAGAUCUGUCUCGAUGCCUACUACUGUUAUUCUUCAUCAACUGCCUCUUGAUAAAGCCGUGAGUGGAACAGUCGGCCGGAGUGUUUUUGAAUUGGAUUGUACGCCACUUUGGGGAGUUACAUCUAUAUGUGGAAAAAGACCUGAGAUGGAAGAUGCCGUUGGAAUUGCACCACGGAUGUUAAAAAUUCCUAUUCAAAUGCUAAUAGGUAACCGAAUAUAUGAUCGAGUGAACAAGUAUUGUAGUCAACAGACAGUUAAUUUUUUUGGAGUCUAUGAUGGCCAUGGUGGCUCUCAGGUGGCAAAUUAUUGUCGUGAUCGAAUGCAUUUGGCCUUAGCAGAGGAAAUAGAAUUUGUCAAGGAACGUCUAAUAAUUGGAAGCACCGAUUGUCAAGAUCAAUGGAAAAAAGCUUUCACUAACUGUUUUUUGAAUGUGGAUGCUGAAGUUGGGGGAAAAGUUAGCUGUGAACCUGUUGCACCAGAAACUGUUGGUUCCACUGCUGUUGUAGCUAUUGUUUGUUCGUCUCAUAUCAUAGUUUCAAACUGUGGUGAUUCAAGAGCAGUUCUAUGUCGUGGAAAAGAAGCCAUGGCGUUAUCUAUAGAUCAUAAACCAAAUCGAGAUGAUGAAUAUGCAAGAAUCGAGGAAGCUGGUGGCAAGGUGAUACAAUGGAACGGUCAUCGUGUAUUUGGGGUUCUUGCAAUGUCAAGGUCUAUUGGUGAUAGAUAUUUGAAGCCGUGGAUUAUUCCCGAACCAGAAGUUACGUUCCUCCCUCGUGCAAAAGGUGAUGAGUGUCUCAUUCUGGCCAGUGAUGGCUUGUGGGAUGUCAUGACAAAUGAAGAGGCGUGUGAUUUGGCUCGGAGACGCAUACUUCUCUGGCACAAGAAAAACGGCUCAGAGCUGUCCUCGAUAAGGGGAGAAGGAAUUGAUCCUGCCGCACAAGCAGCUGCAGAGUACCUAUCAAACCGUGCUCUACAGAAAGGAAGCAAAGACAACAUCACUGUAAUUGUGGUAGAUUUGAAAUCUCAACGAAAAUUUAAGACUAAAACAUAAUUUGUUUAAUCAACUGUACUUAGUUGUUUGAAUAUAUAAAAGGAAAAUACAAUCCAAUAUAGUUUGGCUCAGUAAUUUUUCAUCUAGGCACCUGGAUUUGAGCACCCUGCACUAAACGAUAAAUUCCCCUUACGUUAUAACUCUCAAUUGAUUAAGAGUUUCGUUCUACCACAAUUACAGUGAUGUUAUCUUUGAUGUUAUUACUAAUGUAAAUCAUUGCUGCUUAUUGUAGAUAUAGGAUCUUACUCCUUAUUUUGUGCACCUCUAAGCAUCAACAUAUUGUAUUUGUUAUUACGCCUUCUAAAGAGAACAAAAUCUCUGUGAGGUAUUUACUUCAUACAAUUUUUGCCUAUGCUGUUUAUAAAAAGGUGGUAGAUAUUUGUCAUUGUGGUUUUCAAA